AUGGCUCUCUUUUUUAAAGCGCCAAUCGAUAUAGAAAUUUUGCUAGAUGGCGAAGAGUCUCGCAAACACGUUGAAAUAGCCAACUCCUCAGACAGUCCGACUGCAAGAACGCUCAAAGACCGAUAUCCUAUCUACGAGGACGGUGAAAGUGUAAGCGGCAGGGUCACAUUGAGAGUCAAGGAGGGAAAGAAGUUGGAACAUUUAGGUGUGAAAGUGAGCCUUGUUGGAAGUGUUGAUUUAUUGAAGUCAAAUGGGGAAAGUAAGAAACGGCCCGCAGAAACGUUUCUAAGUUUAAGUGCAGAUCUUUGUCCGCACGGGGAAUUGAUGCACUCUCAAAACUUUCCUUUCCAUUUCAAAGAUGUUGAAAAACGAUACGAAUCUUAUAGGGGCAAGAAUGUGGACGUCUCUUAUUAUGUGAAGGUUACUGUUUUCCGAAAAUCAACUGAUAUUGUCAAACACAAGCGGUUUUGGUGUCUACUUUACAACCGGGAUGCUCUACUGCCUGCAGUUUCCAGCACUCCUGCUGAUGCUAAGUCUGUAAAACUGAACAUUGGGAUCGAAAACUGUCUCCACAUAGAAUUCGAAUACUCCAAAUCCCAGUUUUCUCUUAAGGACGUGAUUGUAGGAAGAAUAUACUUCUUGCUCACAAGACUAAAAGUCAAGCACAUGGAGCUCAGCGUUAUUACGAGGGAAACAUGCGGAUUGGAGCCCAAUCAGCUUUCGGACUCUACGUCUAUCCGUUAUGAGAUUAUGGAUGGUUCCCCAGUGAAGGGAGAGACAAUACCCAUACGCCUCUUCUUAGGGGGAUACGAUCUGACGCCUAGCAGCCAAUCCAACUACUUUAGUAUCAAGAACUAUUUGAGUUUAGUGAUCAUCGACGAUGAUGGCAGGAGAUAUUUUAAGCAAUCCGAGAUUAUGCUAUACAGAAAGCGGAACUGA